UCCGAUCUCGGUGGUCUUGGAGGCUCCGCAGGAUGGGGGAGAAGAUGGCGGAAGAGGAGCCCUGGGCACAUAGUAGUGAAGGAGGCCGACCAGGAGCCGCCCUCAGGUUCCCUAAUACAACUCAUGAAGGUUUCAAUGUCACCCUCCACACUACCCUGGUCGUCACUACGAAGCUGGUGCUCCCGACCCCUGCCAGGCCCAUUCUCCCCGUGCAAACCGGGGAGCAGGCUCAGCAGGAGGAAAAGUCCAGCGGCAUGACCAUCUUCUUCAGCCUCCUCGUCCUAGCUAUCUGCAUCAUACUGGUGCAUUUACUGAUCCGAUACAGAUUACAUUUCUUGCCAGAGAGCGUUGCUGUUGUUUCUUUAGGUAUUCUCAUGGGAGCAGUUAUAAAAAUUAUAGAGUUUAAAAAAUUGGCAAAUUGGAAGGAAGAAGAGAUGUUUCGUCCAAAUAUGUUUUUCCUCCUCCUGCUUCCUCCUAUUAUAUUUGAGUCAGGAUAUUCAUUACACAAGGGUAACUUCUUUCAAAAUAUUGGUUCCAUCACCCUGUUUGCUGUCUUCGGUACGGCAAUUUCCGCAUUUGUAGUAGGUGGAGGAAUUUAUUUUCUGGGUCAGGCUGAUGUAAUCUCUAAACUCAACAUGACAGACAGUUUUGCAUUUGGCUCCCUGAUUUCUGCUGUUGAUCCAGUGGCGACUAUUGCUAUUUUCAAUGCCCUUCACGUGGACCCAGUGCUCAACAUGCUGGUUUUUGGGGAGAGUAUUCUCAACGACGCCGUCUCCAUUGUCCUGACCAACACAGCUGAAGGCUUAACAAGGAAAAAUAUGUCAGAUGUCAGUGGGUGGCAAACAUUUGUACAAGCCCUUGGCUACUUCCUCAAAAUGUUCUUUGGCUCAGCAGCACUCGGCACCCUCACUGGCUUAAUCUCUGCACUAGUGCUAAAGCAUAUUGACUUGAGGAAAACACCUUCCUUGGAGUUUGGCAUGAUGAUCAUUUUUGCUUAUCUUCCUUAUGGGCUCGCAGAAGGAAUCUCGCUCUCAGGCAUCAUGGCCAUCCUGUUCUCGGGCAUCGUGAUGUCCCACUAUACGCACCAUAACCUGUCCCCGGUCACCCAGAUCCUCAUGCAGCAAACCCUGCGGACCGUGGCCUUUCUGUGCGAAACAUGUGUGUUUGCAUUUCUUGGCCUGUCCAUUUUUAGUUUCCCUCACAAGUUUGAAAUUUCCUUUGUCAUCUGGUGCAUAGUACUUGUACUGUUUGGCAGAGCGGUGAACAUUUUCCCUCUUUCCUACCUCCUGAAUUUCUUCCGUGAUCAUAAAAUCACGCCGAAGAUGAUGUUCAUCAUGUGGUUUAGUGGCCUGCGGGGCGCCAUCCCCUACGCGCUGAGCCUGCACCUGGACCUGGAGCCCAUGGAGAAGCGGCAGCUCAUCGGCACCACCACCAUCAUCAUCGUGCUCUUCACCAUCCUGCUGCUGGGCGGCAGCACCAUGCCCCUCAUCCGCCUCAUGGACAUCGAGGACGCCAAGGCGCGCCGCAGGAACAAGAAGGACGUCAACCUCAGCAAGACGGAGAAGAUGGGCAACGCCAUCGAGUCGGAGCACCUGUCCGAGCUCACGGAGGAGGAGUAUGAAGCCCACUACAUCAGGCGGCAGGACCUCAAAGGCUUCGUGUGGCUGGACGCCAAGUACCUGAACCCCUUCUUCACGCGGCGGCUGACCCAGGAGGACCUCCACCAUGGGCGCAUCCAGAUGAAAACUCUCACCAACAAGUGGUACGAGGAGGUGCGCCAGGGCCCCUCCGGCUCCGAGGACGACGAGCAGGAGCUGCUGUGACCAAGCAGGGCCCCCCACGGCUCCCGGGACAGACACUCCGCGGGGGCCCCCGGCGCCGCUUGCACUGGGCAGCCCCCUCGGGGUAGAUGGAAGCAGGCCACAUGAAGCAGAGGCCACGGUCCUCUUAAACCCGGCAUCCCCGGCCCUCGGAGCCAGCUGUCCGCUUCUGAAACCAGCCAUCUCCCCGGGCCACACUGAGCCGGACCUCUGCCCCUGAUGUUGCUCCUGAGCCCGCAGAUCGGAGGGGCCGCCUGUCCAGGUAAAUUCUCCUGCUUCCGCAGCCAGCGCGACUCGUCAUCCGCUGAGCUGUGGUGCGUGCGGAGACGGGCGGCGCCGUGAGGCCCGGCUGUGCCGGGGGCGGCCAGGGGAGCACUGGCGCGCGGCUUCUGCCUUCCCGCCACGGCCUUCGUCCCGGGAGCACCUGCUGAGGCCGGGACGGGGGUCUGUUCCAGCAGGCCGAGGAGCCUGCCACGCCCCGUUGGUCACCGAGGUGCCUCUGGCCUCAGCAGCGGCAAUUCUGACUGAAGUGGUGGGCUCCGAAAUCUGGAAAAUGUCAUGCUGCCCUUGGUGAUGUUGCUCACACUCCUUGAGAAAAAAACCGAGUGAAAACCCUCUUUACCUCUGACUGGCACCUCGCAGGCUGUCUCCCUGGGUGGCAGGCAGCGACUGGCCUUCUCUGGGAAUAUUGUGAAUGUUUACACUGGUACCGGGCAGGGGGCACACGGGCCCUUCUCUAAAGCCCCAUUAAAGCUGCAGCCGUGGGUUUUGGGGGUGAGGGAGCCUAUCUUGUGGGGUCAGAGCGCCCUCUGGAGGGAGAAGCCGGAGGUAUAGGGCUUACGCGUGCCAGCAUUGCCAGCUUCUAACUCCGUUUAAACUCAUGCACUUUUGCAAAGCAGUGAGAACCUAGCAAUGGCCUCCCUCCCUCGAGGGACCUUAUUGGUCCAUAGGCCCCACUGCCUGGGCCCCGUGCCGGCCGCCCGCUGUGUACCUGCUACCACCUUGCUGCCCUCUCCCGGCCCCGUACUAGCGUAGGUUUCAGCUGGCCGGAGAACAGGAGCAGGGCCACUCGCUCACGCGCUCACCCCGCCCUGGCCGGGUCCCGGGUCCCGGGUCCCGGGCCCAGCGGAGGGAGCCACCCGUCACGCUCAGAUGAAGUGGAGUCACUGACUUGCGCCUCGCUCCUCACCCGCCCUCCACGAGCCUCACAGCUGCUAGGCUUCGCUCACCUGUGGGCCGGUGGCACAUCCCCCCUGUGGCUCCGGGUCCCUGCCCCGGGACUGGGCACCCACUGGGCUCGUUUAAUUCCUCACGUGCGGUCGGUCCUUGGUCCUCCGUGGGGACACCGUGGGCCGGCACAGACCCUGGGCUGGCAGCACGUAUGUGUGCGUCCCUGCUGCCUGCUCUGGAAGGACUGACCUCGCCGGGACUCUGCUGCCCAGCCCGCCAGGCCAGGCCCCUGCCUGAGCCCCUCCCCCUCCCCGGAAGAACGGGGCCUGUCGGGCUGGAAGCACAGGGUUUCCUUUUUAUGCAUGGAAAGUAAAUCUGUACUUGAUAGGGUUAAAAUACGGUCAUUUCUCUUUUUGUAACCUCCCACUUUAACCCCGCAACUUAAGCCAAACACAAGUAUUUUACUCCACCUCAUACCUUCACUGGAGGAGAAACACCAUGCACAGUUCUGGUCUCUGUCAUUUCCUACUUUUAGUGGAAGAGUCAGAGAAGAGGUCAACGAGGGAAGGGACCUUGUCCACCCCUGGGGGGAGCUGGGCAGGGAUCCACGACUAGAGUGUUCUCUCGUUCCCCGGCCCGUAAGUGGUCUGCCUUCUUUCUUGAAGUUCAUGGUCCGAUCUCAGAAGUGUAACUUGCAUUGCAAACUCCAUAGUUUACCAGAAAAUUUAGUGGGAAGGGAGCUGUGAGUUCAUAGACCAUAGCAGCGAAAACACGAUCUUCUCAAUUCAGACCUCCCCUUGUCACCAGGUCCCGUCUGGCCUCCCACUUUUAGCAGAGACCUGAAAAUGACACUGAAGUAGAGAAGGGUCCCCAGGGUGGAAGGUCCCCAGGGCUUCGCUCAGUGGGCAUGGGGCACCUUUCCUGGCAGGUGCCAGCACCAGCUUGGGUCUCCCGUGCUCCUCGUCUGCCCCCUGCUGGCCAAGGGAGGUUUGGCAGGCCGGAGAGCAUUCCCAGGACAGGCGAGCCCUGCGGACCUCAGGUCUGUCUUCGCCUUUGUCACAGGCAAAGCUCAUGAAGAUGGAUUUUCCUGAUGGGUUUUUACAUUUAUUUAUUUUUGAGAGACAGAGUGAGACAGCGUAUGCAGGGGAGGGACUCUGGUAAAUUUUUAAAAGUGCCUGAGAAUCAGAAAUUUGCUGCUGUCUACCUUUUGCAUACCUAAUAAUUCUAUUUGGGGCAGGAAACGCCUAGUCGAUUAAAAAAUAUCCAGCAUAA